AUAAAUUAUAAAUGAAUAAGGCCUAGUCCUAUAAAAGGCACAAAGGAAGUAGGGUUUUAGUUCAGUGCCUCUCUAGUCGGGACUUUGUUCGCCGUAGCAGCAGGAGCAGUCUCAGGAUGUCUCACAGGAAGUUCGAACACCCAAGGCACGGGUCUCUGGGAUUUCUCCCCAGGAAGCGUGCUGCUCGUCACAGGGGAAAAGUGAAGGCAUUCCCUAAGGAUGAUCCAUCCAAGUCACCCAAGUUGACUGCAUUCUUGGGUUACAAGGCUGGUAUGACUCACAUUGUUAGAGAGGUCGAGAAGCCAGGAUCAAAGCUUCACAAGAAGGAAACUUGUGAGCCUGUGACAAUUAUUGAGACUCCCCCCAUGGUUGUUGUUGGUGUUGUCGGUUAUGUGAAAACUCCCCGUGGUCUUCGUACCUUGAACACUGUGUGGGCUCAGCACCUGAGCGAAGAACUGAAGCGUAGGUUCUAUAAGAACUGGUGCAAGUCCAAGAAGAAGGCUUUCACCAAGUACUCAAAGCAGUAUGAAACUGACGAGGGGAAGAAGAACAUUGAGACUCAGCUGGAGAAACUAAAGAAGUAUGCUACCGUGAUUCGUGUUUUGGCUCACACUCAGAUCAGGAAAAUGAAAGGGUUGAAGCAGAAGAAAGCCCAUAUCAUGGAAAUUCAGGUGAACGGUGGUUCUAUUGCACAGAAAGUGGAUUUUGCGUACAGUUUCUUUGAGAAACAGGUCCCUAUUGAUGCUGUGUUCCAGAAAGAUGAGAUGAUUGACAUCAUUGGAGUUACAAAGGGUAAGGGUUAUGAGGGUGUUGUAACUCGAUGGGGUGUUACUCGUCUUCCCCGUAAGACUCACAGGGGUUUGAGGAAGGUAGCUUGUAUUGGUGCCUGGCACCCUGCCAGAGUUUCAUUCACUGUUGCCAGGGCUGGUCAGAAUGGAUACCACCACAGGACCGAGUUGAACAAAAAGGUUUACAAGCUCGGUAAAGCUGGGGAUGAGUCUCACUCUGCUCUUACCGAGUUUGAUAGGACUGAGAAAGACAUUACCCCCAUGGGAGGGUUCCCUCACUAUGGUAUUGUGAAGGACGAUUUCAUCAUGGUGAAAGGAUGCUGUGUUGGCCCCAAGAAAAGGGUUCUUACAUUGCGCCAGUCCCUGCUUAAGCAGACUUCUCGUGUUGCCCUUGAGGAGAUCAAACUCAAGUUUAUCGAUACCUCCUCAAAGUUUGGACACGGUCGCUUCCAGACCACACAGGAGAAGCAGAAGUUCUUUGGACGCCUCAAAGCAUAAACAUGAUAAUCGGAUGGGAAAGCUUGAACUUACCUUUAGAAUUCUAUUUGGUUUCCAUCGCUCUUUUUAAACUUUGUAGUGUUUCCUUUUUGGCAUUAUGGAUUGUAGUGUUUCCCUUCGUAAUUUCGCUUAA